UUCAAAUACGUGGAAGUGGUACGAAAAAAGGACGAGAGAGCCAAGCUAAACGGCUAUAAAUGCCGGGAAUGUCAAGAGGUAUCGUAAAUACAGCUGUAGUUGAAUAUUAUUUACAUGUUAGUUGGUCUUUCCCCAUUUCAUCCUUCCCAAGCGCAUUAUUGCACCACUGGACUUGCCUCACCCUUCAUUUCGCCAAUGAUUUUUAUCUGUUCUUUUGCCGCAAUAACAGUAUCAUUUCAGGUAUAGAUUUUCAUUUUCGUUUGUGUGUUUCUAGACCCUUUUGAUUGGGACCAGUUAGUGCAAAUCCAUCAGCAAAGAACGCCUUGAUCCUUUAAGCCACACUAGUGACCUACAUCCAAUUUCUCCCAACAAUAACAUUACCUGAUCAAACAGACAGGUCAUGAGAAUUACUGAAAUGAUCAUUAAAGAUGGAAUGUUGUGAUGUUAGAACAAAUUCUCUCUAGCCGUACCAUAAAGAAUGUAUGAAGAACAGUGUGGAGAAGAUACAUAUUGAUAUCGGGGCUUAAAGGGUUCAGAUCAGUAAAGUUGCUAAGUUUGAAAGUGAUAAAAUUUACAGACCUUUGUAGGGUGGGGACAGUUUCCGUUCGUGUAAAAUUUCGCGACUUUGUGGACUGGCAACAUCUUCGCUUUAUUUUUACGUAUCACCUUUAAACUUGGUAAGUUCCCUUAUUUUAAAGCCUUUUUUCAGCAGUGUCGAUGGGUAUUAUGUUCGCUUACUGCUCUUCAUCAAAAGUUGAAAGAAACCGUCUAUGGAUCUACUACUUACAUUAAGCUAAACAUCAUUUUUUUUCCUUUUCUUCUCAGUACUACCAAGGUCUUAAUCUUCCUGAAGAGGAAUUAAAGAAGCGUCUGAAACACUGUUCUCGUCACCGAGCCAGGUUUUCCCCGCCUCCUUCAACCCCUCCCGGAUUUUGGAACUUGAGUUUCCCAGAUACGCAAGAAUACAUGGACAAAGGUUAUUUAAAAACUGCAUCGGAAGUUCCUGCGCAG